AUGUCUUGUUGCACUGUCCAGUCAGAUUACAAAAAGGACGCCACAUCUGAGAGCAGUGAAGUCGAGCAGUUUAGAUCUGAAUACAUCAUCGAAAGUGAGAUUGGAAGGGGAAGGUUCGCUAAAGUAUCGUUGGUCAAGCAUCGUGUAAGUGGCGAAUUCUCUGCAGCAAAGAUAAUAAGGCGAUGGCGCUGUGGCAAAGAUACCAUUGAAAGCAUUUUGCGGGAAAUAGAAGUAGUGAAAAUCAGUCAUGAUAGUCCUCACAUUGUAAAAAUGAAGCAUUAUUAUAUUGGCGAAAAGGAAGUUGUUCUACUUCUUGAAAAUUGCUCUCAAGGUGACCUCUAUCAUUAUGUUCACUAUAAUGAAGAAUCUCUUCCGGAAUCCACCGUUGCUGAAUUAUCAAUGCAACUUUUGGAGGCUGUCUCAUUUCUACAUUCUCAAUUAAUUGUUCAUUUGGAUAUUAAGCCCGAGAAUAUUCUUCUUCGACAUCCUCCUCCACAAUGUGAAAUCGCUUUGUGUGAUUUCGGUUUGGCCAAGUAUUUGAGAAAAAACGAAGUAAUUAGAGAUCUUGUUGGCACACCAGAUUAUGCUGCUCCGGAGGUUUUGAACUAUGAUCGUAUUCAUUUCACAACAGAUAUUUGGAGUGUUGGUGUUGUUGUUUAUUAUUUGUUGACUAGUGAAAGUCCAUUCUGGGAUGAAAGUAAAGAACAAACCUUUCUCAAUGUAUGUCAAUUGAAAAUUUCUUAUCCUGAUCAACUAUUCCAAGAUAUUUCACCUGAUGCAAUCUCUUUCAUAAAACGUUUAAUUCAAAAAGAUCCUAGAGAUCGCCCUUCAGCUGAUGAUUGCUUCCAUGAUCCAUGGUUCAGUUCCAUGAAAUCUACACAUGAUCCCUGUCAAAAUGAAGCACUUAUUUCGAUAUCACAAGAUUUUACAAGACCGGAUAGUGGUCGUAUCUUUGGAGAAUGAUAUCAUUCAUAACAGUAAUAGUAAUAGUAGAUUAAUAAUCCAUCCAAAUGGGUUUUGUACAGAUCUCUUCGAGUGUUUACCUUUAUUUCUCUGUCUCACAUUCGAGGUAUUUAACGGAUAGAUGUAUUGGUGAGUACUUACUGUUCAACCAUCUCCUGUUUCCAGUAG